AUGGCAGCUCAAUUCGAGCAACGAGAAAAGCGAAGAUGGAUGAGUAGAGGCGCACAGGACAAAGACUUUGCGCCUCCACGCAGGGUCAGAGACUCAUCCACAGCUCAAUCUGCGCAUGAUGUUUCGCUGCAGCGCAUAGCUGUACUCGGGCGGACCCUGUCUUCAUUGUUCUUUGUGCGUGAGCUGAAAGAGAGGCUGGCAAACAAGGCCAUCGCUGUUGAAAUUGCACUGUUCCCGGCCAUGUUUGACCCAGCCCGGAGCAUCUACACGCCGCAUGCCAUUUGCGAAUUUACCAGCAGCCAGUUCUGGGCGACAUCAGGAGACAGCCACGAGAAUGACAGGCUAGCUGCCUUGGAAGUAGCAUUUGCUGAAAGAUACUUGCAUCCUUGGCUAAAGCACGGCAGAGUGACGGAGAACGAGAAGGGCACUGAUGGCGACGGCUCGCCUCCUUCUUUUUCUGCGAACAAGGGAGGGAUGUUCCAGCUGCUUUUAGACUUUGAGCAAGAGCUACUGGGGAAGGACAGCGGGAUCUCGGUAGUUUCUCAUUCUAACCUCCAGCUGACUCAGAUGUGGUAUGACGAGAUCACCAAAAAAUGGAGCCUGUACAGUGAAUUUGUGAAGGGAUCGAGGCAGGGAGAAUGGUAUACUGCACAUCAGGUUCCAGACUCAUCAACCUUCUAUGAUCAUGUUAUCAUGGGAUUUGACUUGGAUCCUAGGGGUGCCCGAAAAGCGAGUUUCAAACAGCUGUUGGAGUCAGCUUUGCCCUUCACCUGCCCAGUGAUUCGAUGCUUAGCACCUGCCCUUUGCGCAAGUGCCAUGACUUGUGUGGUAGAGUUUGGUGGCGAAGACAACAUGAACUCCAGCCGAAGUGACGCAUGUUUCUACGGGGACAAAGGUGACAAUCUUCUGGAGGUGGCUGAACGACUGGAGCCGUCAAACCAUUCCGUGGGGCGAGGACUACGGUUUAACGGACGAUCAAGUGUCUGGAAUUUGACGGCGACGGUCAAGUGGUCCAAGACGGUGCGGAGCUCAUUUAACGGUGGCUGGGACAAGAGAAAGGUAGAAGGUGAGCUGGUGGAGGCUUUCCAGGCACUUUCACCGGGACGGUUUGCUGGCUACAAGGGGUUGGUGCCGUGCUUCCACUGGCAGGGUGCUUGGCCUUUGAGCACGCUUGACAACCAACAACCUAGCUGUAUUUAUGACGCUCAAUGCAGCCUUGGCUAUGCCUCAGAUGCCUUCGUCUUCCUGAAUGUCAGCGGUGUUUCAGCCGUGCGCCAGCUGCGGGCAUGCAAUAUCCUUCAUCCGUUCAAGAGCGCCAGCGACCUCGCAGACCUCGUGGCGCAACGCUUUGAGGGGAAGCUGCAUUCCCGGCUGCCCCAGCGCUCGGAGUGGAGCUUCCGCAGCGAGCGGAUCCCAAGCCUCCCUCGAGAGCUGCGCGAGGCUUUCUCGGAUACAGGCCGUACCGACCCUUUGGAUGGCCUGGACCACACCUGGCCAACUGCUGUACAGUUGGCGAAGGAUGAGUCGCUCGUAAUUCGCCAGGCAGACAGCCUGAAGAAAUACCGUAAGAGGUAG